AUGGAGACUUUGUACCGAGUCCCGUUCUUAGUGCUGGAAUGCCCCAACCUGAAGCUAAAGAAGCCACCCUGGGUGCACAUGCCAUCGGCCAUAAAGGUGUAUGCUCUGGUGGUAGUAUCUUACUUCCUCAUCACCGGAAGAAUAAUUUACGAUGUUAUUGUGGAACCUCCAAGCGUUGGCUCUAUGACUGAUGAACAUGGGCAUCAGAGGCCAGUAGCUUUCUUGGCCUACAGAGUAAAUGGACAAUACAUUAUGGAAGGAUUCCCAUCCAGCUUCCUGUUUACAAUGGGAAGUUUAGGUUUCAUAACCCUGGACCAAUCCAAUGUACCAAACAUUCCAAAACUCGAUAGAUUUCUUCUUCUAUUCAUUGGAUUCGUCUAUGUCCUAUUGAGUUUUUCUAUGGCUAGAGUAUUCAUGAGAAUGAAACUGCUGGACUAUCUGAUGGGUUACAGUACCCUUUGAGAAGAAAUCAGUGGAUACUGGAUUUGCUCCUGUUGAGGAAUUUUAAAGGCUGUACCAAUCCUUGACUAUGAAAUGUGGAAAAGGAUGAAAAGUAGCAGAGAAAGAAGAAUCUAGUGAAAACAUAGGAAGCUCAUGAAAGCUUGGAUUAGAAUUUCUUCUUGGUACUAUCAAAAAGACAAGUUUAUCACACUAUUUUUUUUCCUGCUGACCUGGACCGA